CACAAUUCAGAUCAUUUUCUCCGAUCGAGCUCAUUUUCAUCUAAGUAAGAAAUUCCGAUCAGAAAAGAGAAAUCAUGAGCGGAUCUGCACCGACUGGUUGUUACAAGUGUGGCCGUCCCGGUCAUUGGUCCCGUGAUUGUCCUUCAAACCCUACUUCUAACCCUAGCAAUGAACCUUCGACUAACCUUCCUUCUUCAUCCUCCAACAAGACCGGCGCCUCCGGCGGUUUUGCUGCACUUAAGACGCUAGAAAAGCCUAAGAAAGCUCCUAGGAUAAGGCCGAAACUCACUCCAGAAACGCUUCUCUCCAACGAUGGCAUUGGCUAUGUUCUCCGUCAUUUCCCUCGUGGUUUUAAGUAUCGCGGUCAUGGUCACGAGGUUAGUGACUUGGGAAAUCUAUUGGGACUAUAUGCUGGAUGGCAUUCUCACUUGAUUCCUUACUAUGCAUUUGAUCAGUUUGUUCAUAAAGUGGAACAAGUUGGUUCCACAAAACGUGUCAAGACAUGCCUUAAAGGACUAAGAGAAAGAGUUGCUAAUGGAGAGGACCCAACAAAGCUACAGGAACCAAUGCCAGACAAUGUCAUUAUAAAUGAUGAGCAAGGUGAGCAGCUUGUUGAGCCAGGAUCCAUGAAUAAUUGUGAGGAACCCAUUCCUCCCAUAAUAAUUGAAGGAGAUGAAGACACAUCUCUAAAGGAGAAAGAUGAAGAAUACAUGCUCCAAGAGAUUUUCAGUGGACAGGUGCCAAUUUCUGAGCAGGCUGAAGCAUUGCCUUGUAGUAAUAAUAAUAAUAAUAGUAAUAGUAAUCAGAGCAGCAAUGUAAUAACCAUAUCAGACGAGGUUAAAGCUAGAAUGGAGGCUAACAGGUUGAAGGCCCUCCAAAGAGCCAUCUCUCGUGGUCGCACCGCUUCUCAACUUCACUAGCAUAUCUCCGUAAGCAAGGUUGUUGUUUCUAUGUUUACUUUCAUACAAAAAUUUAUAUAUACUUUUGUCAAAAUGGUUCAUAUUAAGGUAUUUCUUUUCCGAGAAAUACCUUAAUAUAUCUUUGCUUAUGUAUUUGGACCUAAAUGCGAAUUUUGAUUUUUUUAAUGACCAAGUUUAGUCAUUUGCAUUGUCAUCUAGUGCCUCCCAAGUGAAGCUAAUAUAAAUCACUCUCUAAGAUAUUAAGCAAAAUAUAAUCUCAACCACUUCCUGUUUCCUAGCUAUCUAGAUG